AUGUAUGGCCAAAGCCUAAGGCUAUGCUCGCUUGAGCUUCUAGAGCUGGCAGAUAAUCGUAUCGGAAAAAUCGAGAAUUUGGAAGAAUUGACAGGUUUGAAGAAGCUAUUUCUGGGAGCAAAUCAGAUUACUGUAAUAGAAGGGCUUUCCACACUGAAAGAGUUGACGGUGCUGAGUUUCAUAGGUAACGCUAUAAGAGAUAUUGAGGGAUUGAGUACGUUAACAAAACUCAUGGAUUUGUCUAUAGCACAAAACGGAAUAACAAGAAUAGCUGGGUUAGUAUAUCUAAAACUUUCUCUGAAAAAUCCCGAAAACCUUGCCAUCGGGUUUGUCAAAACAUUGUUCUCACAUUUGCUCUCAGAUUUGUUUAGAUUGACGAAUAACUUGGCGCUCAGCUGUCUCGACUUGAACGACAAUCGAAUCGAGAAAAUUGAAAACUUACAGCACCUUGUGAACCUCAGAAGCUUGUGGAUUCGCAAGAACAAAAUAGCCAACUGGUCUGAGGUAGCCUACUUGAAUCGCUUACCUUUGCUGAGAGACGUUGCAUUUGAAAUGAAUCCUAUAUACAGUACUCAGCACUUUUACCGCAAUAGAAUACGCGAGAUUCUUCCAAAAAUCAAAAUCAUUGAUGGAUUUCCAGCCAGAUGGAUUACCGGAGAUCCUUGGCAGGAGCUCUCCGAAGGAUCUGAAGGAUCCUGCGCAUAA